AUGGUGGCCAAGUUGCCAUGUACUACCUACUUUAUGUGUCCGCCCUUGUCCGUUGACGAGAAGCAUCACCUGAAGUCCCUUGCCAUCGAUACCGCCAUGCGCAUUGUCCAGCUAGCUCAGAUGAUGGAUGCAGAGUCUUCGUGUACUAGUAGGCGGCUGCAAAAGGAAGUCGACGGGGCGCUUCGCAUCUACAAAGGCACUCGAGUCCACGAGCACAAUAGCUUCCAAAUCACGUCGCUGUACUGUGGCCACGUCACGAUCGAAACCACGCUCGACGAAGCGAUUUACCUCUUCCGGACCGACGGCACUAACGCGCGCAAGACCCUUCAUCAACUGCGGUUUGGCCAUCGGCAGCACAAUGCAAACAACACCACAACGUUGUAA